AUCCGGGGAAGUUUAUGCUGGUUGCUUCAGUUUCAGGAAGUGCGCAUGUUUUGAAAGAUGGCGGAUGUUCCUAACGAUGCGCCAGAACACUGUCCAGGAACAAGCAGUGACCAGGCUGGUAAAUCAUCAGCAUGCCAGGGAUGCCCAAACCAGAGUAUAUGUGCAUCUGGUGCCACCAAAUCCCCUGAUCCAGCUAUAGAAGAAAUCAAACAGAAAAUGACCUCCGUGAAGCACAAGAUUCUAGUAUUGUCUGGGAAAGGUGGUGUUGGGAAGAGCACGUUCAGCGCACAUUUGUCUCAUGCAUUAGCAAGUGAUGCUUCCAAAGAGGUGGCACUACUGGAUGUGGACAUCUGUGGGCCAUCAAUACCCAAAAUAAUGGGCUUAGAAGGGGAGCAGGUUCAUCAGAGCGGCUCAGGCUGGUCCCCUGUGUAUGUUGAAGAUAACUUGGCUGUGAUGUCCAUCGGCUUCCUCCUCAGUAGUCCAGAUGAUGCUGUUAUUUGGAGAGGCCCCAAAAAGAACGGCAUGAUAAAACAGUUUCUCAGGGAUGUGGACUGGGGAGAAGUGGACUAUCUGAUCGUAGACACACCUCCGGGAACUUCAGAUGAGCACUUGUCCAUUGUGCAGUAUCUGAGUGGCGCUGGCAUCGAUGGAGCAGUCAUCGUCACAACACCACAGGAAGUAUCUUUGCAGGAUGUGAGAAAAGAGAUCAGAUUCUGUAAAAAAGUCAAAUUGCCCAUCCUAGGUGUGAUUGAGAACAUGAGUGGAUUUGUUUGUCCUAAAUGCAAGAACACAUCACAGAUAUUUCCUCCAACCACAGGAGGAGCACAGAGAAUGUGUGAAGAACUUAAUCUCCCUCUUUUGGGCAGAAUUCCCCUUGACCCACGGAUAGGGAAAAGUUGUGACGAAGGAAAGUCAUUCCUGACUGAAGUUCCAGACUCUCCUGCAGCAGAGGCCUAUCAGGUCAUAGUGCAGAAAAUCCGAGAUUACUGCUCUUCACAUUCUGCAUCAGAUGACCCUUGUUGAAACAGAAAACAUCCAACAGAUCUUACCAAGACUGCUUUAAUGUCCUAUGAAUUCCUUUCAUCUGAAAGAAGGUCAUGAGUGUCUGCUCGGUACUCACUUACACAUUUAUUUACAGGUGACUGGCAAAUAUACACAUACAUUUUUCACAUUUUUUAAAUAUAGUUUGUGAAUAUAACAAAUAUCCAUGUUAAAAUAGAUUAAAAUAUAUAUAUCAUGGUGUAUAUCACAAUGAUUGCUGUUCAUGAAAGUGAAACAGAAAUAUAACUAUUGCUGUGAUUUAAAUGUAAAUAGCAGGUCAGGUUAAAUGAUGUUGUGUUUUAAAAUCAGACCAUAUAAAGCGUAUGUCAAAUAGGCCUACAGUGAGCUUGCUAGUAAAUGAGGAGUGAAAUGAUAUUUGAUUUUUGUCUUCAAAAAUUUGCUAAUAAAUUUGUCAAUAUAUCAGUUUCUCAA